GCAGGUUGGGGCUGCGAGGCGACAGCUUGGGCUCUGGAGCCGGGAGGCGAACCGGGAGGGAGACUCGGGGCUGGGGCGGAGGGAGCGGCCGGCCACGAAGCGGCGGCAGGGCCCGGGGCCGGGGACACGCCGAGCCCCGCGGGCGGGCGGGCGGAGCGGGCCGGCGCUACCCCUCGGGUUCGGCAAGGAGCGCCCGCGGAGACCCCCCGCCCUCGGCAGAGGAAGAGAUGGUUACUGUAUGAUAUGGAAUCGUGAAACGUGAUCUUUCUUAAAAAGUUUGUGAAAGUUCAGGAUCCAAUGACUUCUGCCACUGAUUAGGUAAGCUCUGCUCUAGGAUGGACAUGCUGGGCUGAGGCAAUAGCUCUCCAGAGAGGGAUCCAAUCAUUCGGAGCCACAGAAUUUUAGACUGGAGACCCUCUGAGGGCAAGGACUGUGUGUGCUCGAUUCUGUUUGGCCCCGUGUGUAAUGCCUUGCUGUAUUUGAGGACGGCUCUGUGAGUUGAACUAAGUGGACAUCACUUGCAGUCCCUUCCACAUCUGCCUGGUCUUGAAUAUAAUCAUGGCCAAACCUUAUGAAUUUAACUGGCAAAAGGAAGUUCCUUCCUUUUUGCAAGAAGGAGCCGUUUUUGACAGAUAUGAAGAGGAAUCCUUUGUGUUUGAACCCAACUGCCUCUUCAAAGUGGAUGAAUUUGGCUUCUUUCUGACCUGGAGAAGUGAAGGCAAGGAAGGACAAGUUCUAGAAUGCUCCCUCAUCAACAGUAUUCGAUUGGGAGCCACCCCAAAGGAUCCCAAAAUCCUGGCUGCUCUUGAAGCUGUUGGAAAGUCAGAGAAUGAUCUGGAAGGGCGAAUAGUUUGUGUCUGCAGUGGCACAGAUCUGGUGAACAUCAGUUUCACAUACAUGGUGGCUGAAAAUCCGGAAGUAACUAAGCAAUGGGUAGAAGGACUGAGAUCAAUCAUACACAACUUCAGGGCCAACAAUGUCAGUCCAAUGACCUGCCUCAAAAAACACUGGAUGAAAUUGGCAUUUAUGACCAACACAAAUGGUAAAAUUCCAGUUAGGAGUAUUACUAGAACCUUUGCAUCGGGGAAAACAGAAAAGGUGAUCUUUCAAGCACUCAAGGAGUUAGGUCUUCCCAGUGGAAAGAAUGAUGAAAUCGAGCCUGCAGCAUUUACUUAUGAAAAGUUCUAUGAACUGACACAAAAGAUUUGUCCUCGAACAGAUAUAGAGGAUCUUUUCAAAAAAAUCAAUGGAGACAAAACUGAUUAUUUAACGGUAGACCAAUUAGUGAGCUUUCUAAAUGAACAUCAGCGAGACCCUCGACUGAAUGAAAUUUUGUUCCCAUUUUAUGAUGCUAAAAGGGCAAUGCAGAUCAUCGAGAUGUAUGAGCCUGAUGAAGAUUUGAAGAAAAAAGGCCUCAUAUCAAGCGAUGGGUUUUGCAGAUAUCUGAUGUCAGAUGAAAAUGCCCCUGUCUUCCUGGAUCGUUUAGAACUUUACCAAGAAAUGGACCAUCCUCUGGCCCACUACUUCAUCAGUUCUUCCCAUAACACCUAUCUCACUGGCCGACAGUUUGGUGGAAAGUCUUCCGUAGAAAUGUACAGACAGGUUCUCCUGGCUGGUUGCAGGUGUGUUGAACUUGACUGUUGGGAUGGAAAAGGUGAAGACCAGGAACCAAUAAUAACUCAUGGAAAAGCAAUGUGUACAGAUAUCCUUUUUAAGGAUGUUAUUCAAGCCAUCAAGGAAACUGCGUUUGUCACAUCCGAAUAUCCUGUAAUUCUCUCCUUUGAAAAUCACUGCAGCAAAUAUCAACAGUACAAGAUGUCCAAAUAUUGCGAAGAUCUAUUUGGGGAUCUCCUGUUGAAACAAGCACUUGAAUCACAUCCACUCGAACCAGGCAGGCCCUUACCAUCCCCCAAUGACCUCAAAAGAAAAAUACUCAUCAAAAAUAAGCGGCUGAAACCUGAGGUCGAAAAAAAACAGCUUGAAGCUUUGAAAAGCAUGAUGGAAGCUGGAGAAUCUGCUGCCCCGGUUAACAUCUUAGAGGAUGAUAAUGAAGAAGAAAUAGAGAGUGCUGAUCAAGAGGAGGAAGCUCACCCUGAAUACAAAUUUGGAAGUGAACUUUCUGCUGAUGACUUGGGUCACAAGGAGGCUGUUGCAAAUAGUGUCAAGAAGGCUUCAGAUGACCUUGAACAUGAAAUCAACAAAAAGGGCCUGGUUACUGUAGAAGAUGAACAGGCAUGGAUGGCAUCUUAUAAAUAUGUAGGUGCUACCACUAAUAUCCAUCCAUAUUUGUCUACAAUGAUCAACUAUGCACAGCCCGUAAAAUUUCAAGGUUUCCAUGUGGCUGAAGAGCGCAAUAUUCAUUAUAACAUGUCUUCUUUUAAUGAGUCCGUUGGUCUAGGCUACUUGAAGACACACGCGAUUGAAUUUGUGAAUUACAACAAACGGCAAAUGAGCCGCAUUUACCCCAAGGGAGGCCGGGUCGAUUCCAGUAAUUACAUGCCUCAGAUUUUCUGGAACGCUGGCUGCCAGAUGGUUUCGCUCAACUAUCAGACCCCAGAUUUAGCGAUGCAAUUGAAUCAGGGAAAAUUUGAGUAUAAUGGAUCAUGCGGGUACCUUCUCAAACCAGAUUUCAUGAGACGGCCCGAUCGAACAUUUGAUCCCUUCUCUGAAACUCCUGUCGACGGGGUUAUUGCAGCCACUUGCUCAGUGCAGGUCAUAUCAGGUCAGUUUUUAUCAGAUAAGAAAAUUGGUACAUAUGUAGAAGUGGAUAUGUAUGGUUUACCCACUGACACCAUACGUAAGGAAUUCCGAACUCGCAUGGUGAUGAACAAUGGACUCAAUCCAGUUUACAAUGAAGAAUCAUUUGUGUUUCGGAAGGUGAUCCUCCCUGACCUGGCAGUCUUGAGAAUAGCUGUGUAUGACGACAACAAUAGGCUGAUAGGCCAGAGGAUUCUUCCGCUGGAUGGCCUCCAAGCAGGUUAUCGACACAUUUCUCUUCGAAAUGAGGGAAAUAAACCAUUAUCACUGCCAACAAUUUUCUGCAAUAUUGUUCUUAAAACAUAUGUGCCUGAUGGAUUUGGAGAUAUUGUGGAUGCUUUAUCAGAUCCAAAGAAAUUUCUUUCCAUUACGGAAAAGAGAGCAGACCAAAUGAGAGCUAUGGGCAUUGAAACUAGUGACAUAGCAGAUGUGCCCAGUGAUACUUCUAAGAAUGACAAGAAAGGAAAGGCCAACACUGCCAAAGCAAACGUGACCCCGCAGAGCAGCUCUGAGCUCAGACCAACCACCACGGCAGCCCUGGGGUCUGGAGUGGAAGCCAAGAAAGGUAUCGAACUUAUCCCUCAAGUGAGGAUAGAAGAUUUAAAGCAGAUGAAGGCUUACUUGAAGCAUUUAAAGAAACAACAGAAGGAGCUAAAUUCUUUAAAGAAGAAACAUGCUAAGGAGCACAGCACCAUGCAGAAGCUGCAUUGCACACAAGUUGACAAAAUUGUGGCACAGUAUGACAAAGAGAAGUCGACGCAUGAGAAAAUCCUAGAGAAGGCAAUGAAGAAGAAGGGGGGAAGUAAUUGUCUCGAAAUGAAAAAAGAAACAGAAAUUAAAAUUCAGACACUGACAUCAGAUCACAAAUCUAAGGUCAAAGAGAUAGUGGCCCAGCACACAAAGGAGUGGUCAGAAAUGAUUAACACCCACAGUGCUGAGGAACAAGAAAUCCGGGACCUGCACCUCAGCCAGCAGUGCGAGCUCCUGAGAAAGCUACUGAUCAACGCCCACGAGCAGCAAACCCAGCAGCUAAAACUGUCCCAUGACAGGGAAAGCAAGGAAAUGCGAGCACACCAGGCUAAGAUUUCUAUGGAAAAUAGCAAAGCCAUCAGCCAAGAUAAAUCUAUCAAGAAUAAAGCAGAACGGGAAAGGAGAGUCAGGGAGUUAAAUAGCAGCAACACCAAAAAGUUUCUGGAAGAAAGAAAGAGACUCGCCAUGAAACAGUCCAAAGAAAUGGAUCAGUUGAAAAAAGUCCAGCUUGAACACCUGGAGUUCCUAGAGAAACAGAAUGAGCAGCUAUUGAAAUCCUGCCAUGCAGUGUCCCAAACGCAAGGCGAAGGAGAUGCAGCAGAUGGUGAAGUUGGAAGCCGAGAUGGACCGCAGACCAGCAACAGUAGUGUGAAACUCCAGAACGCAAACUGAAGCCCCAAAACCACACAGCAUCAAAAGAUCACCCCCAAGCUUCCCAACACAGAGUUCACGCAAGAAGGCUGCUGUCUGUGGGUUUCCUUUACGCCCAGCCAAGAUGUUACCUGAAACCACCGAGACUUACAUAUUUCUAUUUAACAUUUUGAGUAUUGGAUCUCCUUGGCCAACCAUAAGUAGCUCCCAACCCACCCAAAUUACUAGCCCAAUAAGGCAGAGUUUCACCCUUGAUAUUACAACUUAAACAUGUUUGCUAUAAAAUACCAUCACACGUGAAUGAGCUUGGUGUCCACAACUCUGCUCUGUGAUGCAUUAGGACAUGUUUGAGCUGCAGCAAAAAUAGUGCACUAGCGAUUGAAUAUCAAGUGCAUGCACUAGGGGGAAAAAAACCAACUCUGUCUACAAAUUCAUCAGCAGAAGUGGCAGUCUGCUAGACAAAUUUUGCAGAAUUUUUCUACAUCUGAGUUACCUCAUCAGUAAGUGCCAUGUCUCUGCCAUGCCGUAAGAAGCUAAGUUCCUGUAAAAGUUGUGGAAAUUAUUAGAAUAAAAAACAGUAGAACAGUGUACCUGUGCCAAAACUCAUCAGUGCUCAAGGGAGAACUCUGUUAGGCACAUGUUAAGAAAGUUUACAUCUGAUAUUGCUUUAUAGGAAUUGCUUCUGCCGAUUCCAGACAUUAUAAUACACUAUUACACCAUAAAGAUCGUGAAGUGGUAAUUGGCAAACGUUUGUAAAUGUGACCAUGUAUAAAAUAUUUAUACUCCUACUUCACACUGUUAGAGCAAAAUCAUCUACGUAUUGCCACAUGAUGAGAUUAGUAAACAGGAAUACCAGAACUAUGUUUGCAUGAUACACAAGCACCAGUUAAGACUAAUCCAUACAGAUACAGUUAACCUAAUGCCAAAUAAAUACUGGUUUAAUAAAAUGGCACAGAAUAUAAUUUGACUAUGAAGACUUUUAGCAUAAUGAAAAAGUCUAUAUAUAUGUGUAUAUGAAUUAUGUGGGCAUUCUUGAUACUUCAAGUUCUAGUUUCAAAAAAAUACAUAACUAAUUUAAUUUUACACAAAAAUAUUUAUGCAGAUUUUCAGAAUUUCAUAUCAGGAAAUAACCUUUUUACGUCUGUUAAAUAUCAAAACAAUUUGCUACAGUGUUAAUCUGCAUGGUCUUUAAGCCUGCCAUAGUUGUGUUGCAGACAGUGCAUGAAAAAGUAUUCUGCGGGGAAUCAAGCCAUGCCGCCCAAGCCGGGAGGAGCGCAUGGAAACUUGGUAGUCUAGAACUAAUCAGAUUACUGAUUUUAGGACACAAAACACCAACUGAAUUGUUGUAUAUGCUUGUACAAAUUGAUUCUGUGUGUUCCCCUGAACAAAGCAGAGAAAAUGAUGUUACCAUCAAUAUUGAAAUUAAACUUCCAACUUCUCUAAUAAAAAAUGAAAACACA